AUGUCCACUCUCGAAAUCACCGACUUGGAGAGCAGCCUCGCUACUCUGCGGUUAGCUGCGCCUCUUCCGGUGAUCAACUCUGCUGACGCCGUAACAAAUCCACUCGAUCUUGUUCGAAGUCUUCUCGCGGGCAUACUCAGCCAACUCGUAGAAAGUAGUCCCGAGGCUGCUUACAGAUCGGUACAAUUGCCCAAUAGCAUCUAUGACGGCGACCUUGAUAUUGUAUUACCGAAACUACGCCCAGGAUGCAAGGCCGGAGAGUUGGCAAUCGACCUUGCACGGCAGUUUCCAAUCGACCAUCCGCUUUUCCCUCUCCCUUUCCUCGAAGGAGUGCAUUGGCGUGUAUUGCUCAGAGUCAAUACUCUUGCACGACUUCUGUUCCCUUUCAUCUUGGAACGCGGGAACACCUACGGCACCGAUAAGAAAGUGGGCUCGAAGGACCCGUCAUCUCCGAAAGGGGCGCGCAAGAAGUUGAUCGUCGAGUUUUCAUCACCAAACAUCACCAAUGAGUUUCAUGGAAAACAUCUACGCAGCACGAUCAUUGGAGCCUUCUUGAGUAGAUUCUAUGAGAGCAGGGGUUGGGAUGUCACUAGACUCAACUACCUUGGUGAUUGGGGGAAGAAUAUUGCUCUGCUCAAAGUUGGCUGGGAAAGAUUCGCGGACGAAGUGGUAUUCCAAGCAAGGCCCAUCGAACAUCUGUUGGAAGUGUAUGAUCAAAUUAACAAUCUCUUUCAGCCCGAAGUCGCCGCCAGCAGACAGGCACGUGACGAAGCUGCAAGGAACGGUCAGGACGAAGGCCAAGCGCAAACGGAAAUCGAGAACCAGGGUAUAUACGCCCAGCGUAAUACAGCGUUCAAGAAGCUCGAAGAGGGGGACGAAGAAGCCAUUGCCUUCUGGAAACAGGUUAGAGAUGUCAACAUCGAAAACUAUAAAGACUUCUACUCGCAGUUGGGCAUCGAAUUCGACGAGUACACUGGUGAAUCGCAGGUCAAGACGGAAACAAUGAAUGAAGUAGAGGCUCUGCUGAAAGAGAAGAAAAUUUGUGAGGAAAGCUCUGGCGCUUGGGUUAUCCACAUGCAGAACCACGGACUAAAAGCCGGUACUGCUGUCAUACGAGGUCGGGACGGAGCGACUACAUACCUUCUUCGGGACCUUGCAGCAAUGAUCGAGCGUUCCAAGAAGUAUAACUUCAACAAGAUGAUCAUUGUCGCUGCAAACGACCACAACUCUCUGCAUUUCACGCACUUGCAUCACAUCUUGAUCGCAAUGGGCAUGAAAGACCUCGCAGAGAAGAUCCAGCAUCUGAAGUUCAACGAGACCUCAAGUAUGGCAGAAACGCUUGGGACGGGGUUUAAACCCCAGGCGAUUCUAAGCCACGUUGAACAGGCCAUGAGUGCUGGACUGGAAGCCGAUGCAGCGAAGACCGCAAUGUUCGGCAACCUCAGCAAGAGCGCAGAUAGGCUGUCCGUUGCGUCUCUUCUUGUGCACGAGCUUUCGACACGUACCACAUCUGCUCACUCUUUCGACCUCUCAGCCAUGACGUCUUUCAAGCACGGAACCGGACCGGACUUACAAUACUGGUACGCGAAGCUCUGCACCAUUCUCAAAACGCGCAACGGCGAUGUUCAGCUUUCCGACGAGGACUAUGACUUCUUGGGCGAAGACGACUCCGCUGCCAAUCUUCUCCGUCUUCUUGCUCAAUAUCCUGAAGUCACACGCGCCACGUACAACUCCACCUCACCCCAGCCAGAUGAUAUAGUGAAGUACCUGGCUGGCGUGACUGAACAACUCGCUGACUGUCUGAGUGAUGAUGAGGACGAAGUAGACGAUGGCGUGAAAGGAGAGACAGAAGCCAAAGCAGAACAGAAAACAUUCGGCGCUGGACACCUCACACUUUUCGAGGCAACGCGUAUUGUGCUCGAGAACGGGCUGAAGCUACUCGGCAUCACCCCGUACGUAGCCGAUGGUCAUGAGCGGGCCGACACACCGAUCGCGGAGUGA